CUCCGGCAGCCGAAGAUGUUGCAUCAUCGUGAAUAAGGGUUUAAUAUUUCAGUUAAUAACAUUACAUAACGGCAUCAAAACACGGAGACGGUGGUUUUAAAACAAGAAUAAGAUUGAUUUUCAUUUAAUCAACGGGACAAAAAAGAGCUGUUAGAGAAAUCCGAGGAUACACCAACUGCAAUGGUUCACAAUGAGAAGGAUGGAGUCGCCAAUGGAAAAUGUGAAGCUGACGACCCUCAGGCAUCAAUGGCAAGCCCUGUCAAGCGCCGGAAGCAAGCUCAGAGCCAGGCCUGGGAGUGGGAGGAAGUGGAGAUCGACAUCGGUUGGGGGAACCUGCGAGGGAAGGCAAGAGGCACAGGGCCAAGGCUCAUGCUAGGUGUUCACGGCUGGCUAGAUAAUGCUAACACAUUUGACCUCAUCGCACCCAUGAUACCCGAUGAUGUGAGAUUCAUAUCGCUGGAUCUCCCUGGGCAUGGUCUCUCUGACCACUUCCCUCCUGGCUUCAUUUAUGACCCAAGGGGCUAUGCAGGGGCCAUAAAGAAAGCUGUGACAGUCCUUGGUUGGAAGCGCUUUAUUUACCUAGGGCACAGCAUGGGGGCAGUGGUAGGCAUCCUCUACACUUCCAUUUUCCCCGAGGACAUAGAGGCCUUUAUCUCAAUCGACAUUAUUAAGACCUGGUCACUCAAGCCAGAAAAGUAUGCUUCAGAACUGAAGAAAUACUACUUGUCGUACUUUGAUAAUGAAACGAAGUCUAAGCAGCCGGCGCUGGUCUAUCAGGAGGAAGAGCUCCUGCAGAAGACCAUCGAUGGCAGCAAGUCACUCAACGAGGAAGGUGCUAAAAUUCUGCUCAAACGCGGGGCAAAGAAAGCCGAGGAUGGGAAAGGGCUGAUCCUGAGGAGGGACCUAAGGGCUAAGGCUUUCUUCAUCGGAUUUCUUCCCUUUGAAGUCUGGGUGGACAUGGCCACUUCUAUCAAGUGUCCACUACUCUUCCUCAAGGCUACAGAUGGGCACUAUUAUGAGUCCAAGGACAAGUAUGACAUUAUGCGGUCAGCCUUCAACCAGGACUGCAAGCAUUUUUCUUACUAUGAGAUUGAAGGGAAACAUCACAUACACCUGACAAAUCCAGAUGAAGUUGGAGAAUACGUUUUAGCUUUUCUAAAAGAGUGCAUGUCCUUAAAAAUUUCCGAAGAAGCUCAGAGUUCCAGUUGAUGAAGAUGCUAGUCUGCAAGAGAUCUGUAUGUGAAAUGUCUUAUGAUUAUUUAUAUAUUUUUCUAGAUAUUUAUAUAUCUGACAUCACAUAAAAUGUGGUUGUUUAUGGAAAGAGGUUGUGCCACAUUAGUGGUCAUUAGCAGCACUGAGAGGAAGUUACAGAAUGAAUGAGGUUGUACUGAAUCUUAUGGCACCAGAAGGUUAACACAUUAUUUAAUACUUUUUAUUGCAUUUUACUCUUAAUGCAUAUCUUUAUCAUUUGAUCUCAAUGUGGCAUAGUGAACAGAACUCAAGCAUUAUUGUAAUUAUUUAUUAUAGGUAUAUAUUAUUUACUGAAAUGGAAACAAGGUAUUUGUUCUUUUUAAAUUUUAGGAAGAGGUUUCUAAUUGAAAGAAAGGAAUAUUAUCGCAUACUUAUUUAUCCUUACACAGUUCUUUGUAAGUGCACUCUAAAUAUAAUAUUUAACAGUCAGUUCUUAGCAUAAUAUAAAUGCACCCAAUGAUAGAAGCCAAACAUAAUGUAGUAGACAAUAUUAACGCAAUAACCAGCACCAACUUGAAUUCCAUACAUACUAUCUUUCCCGCAGCGGUGUAGAUAAGUGUUAGAGGCCAAAACACACUAUUUUAUGAAAUAUAUUUAUAGUUUGUGUGCAGUUGGUGUAGAAUGCAUCUUCUGUGAUAUUUGUUAUGUAUGUACACUGCUAAUAAAGUAGUAGUUCAGAA